AGAAGAGUGAGGAAAGACAUCACCGUUAAGUUGCGUGCAACCUUGACUCGGAUAAGCGACUGACAAUGGAUGAAUGGAUGCAUCUUCCUUUUGACACUGACCAGCAAAGUGAAGGGAUACCAUUGAACCAAACACCUAACAAUGGCUCCAAUUGUGACAGUUUUAUUUACAACCCAAACGUUGUCCCAGCUCUCUACUUUCUGAUGUUUCCCAUAGCUUUGUUGCUGAAUGGUGCGGCAGCCUGGGUGUCUCUGCACCUCGAGUCCACCUCCACCUUCAUGGUGUACCUGAAAAAUCUAGUCGCUGCUGACAUUAUUAUGACCUUGAUCAUCCCAAUCACAGCUGCAAGUGACUUGCCGGGUGCGUCGAACAAAUUAGUCAUACUUUCAUGUUAUGUCAGUCCCAUUUUCUACAGUACGCUUUACACAUGUAUCGCUUUGUUGGGUGUAAUAAGCCUGGACCGUUUCUUCAAGAUCACGACCCCCCACAGCAAGUUGUUUGGUAAUCUGACCUUUAGCAAAGUGGUGUCAGGCGCAGUCUGGGUGAUACUGUUUGGAAGCUCAGCUUUACCAAAUAUAAUUUUAAGUAACAGAUCAGUGACCAAUGGGACAGAGAUCAGCUCUUGUAUGAAUCUGAAAGGACCAGUUGGACUUGAAAUCCACGAAAACAUUGUAAUUUACCUGAAUGUUUUAUUCUGGCUCGUCAGUGUGGUCAUUGUGGUUUGCUACAUUUGCAUCACUAACAAGGUUAUCCAGUCCUUUCGAAACUCUGGCAGCAAUAACAACCAGGGAAAGCAAAAGAUCAAACUGCGCGUUUUUCUGGUUGUCAUUGUGUUUUUUGUAUCAUUCGGACCAUACCACUUUGUCAGGAUCCCAUACACCUUUCAACAAGUCAACUAUUCUUCCAAUACCGACUGCUCUUACUUAAAGGGCAGGUUUGCCAAAGAAUUCAGCCUCUGGUUUGCCACCACAAACAUCUGCAUGAACCCUCUUCUCUACAUCUUUCUGUGUAGGGAGUUCAAGGAGAAACUGAUGUCUAUGAUGAAAAAUUUGUCCAUCUCAUUCCAAGCAGCCUCAGCAGGCAUUUCACCACAGAGUAGAUCCUGA